AUGGAAGCCAACGUUCUUUUAGUGUCAGUGAUCAGUGCGCGUGGGCUCUAUUUGAAAGGCCACUCAACUAUGGAGGCCCUUGUUACAGUGACUAUGCACGGGAAGAGUAAUCUGCGAAGUCGUGCUGUCACCGAGCCCAUACACACGGAAGGAGAGUGCCAUUGGGACGAGCACAUGGAAUUCAAAAUCAACGACCCGACUGCAGAACUAGUUGUGUGUGCCCAGCACAAAUCGCGGAUUGGUCGGAAUGAUGUAAUCGGUCGAGUGGAGAUGCCGUUGGAUAAAGCAAAAGCGAUCAGAGGAGAUCAUUGGUAUCCGCUUCGGAAGAAAGCCAGCGAAGAAAAGUAUCGAGGAGAGGUUCAAUUGAGAUUCGAAUUUCGUCUUGAGAAAUCCAAUCUUUCAAUCUCAAAUCAAUCUCUGAACACUAUCGGACACAAAGAUUCGAUGCUUGACAAAAUCAAAGGAAAGAUCAAGUUAGGGAAGUUACGACACAAAAAUGACCCCGACAGCCUUAGUAUCGCCAGUGGUAUUUCUGGUGUUUCAGCAAUUUCCGCAGUCAGCAAGGUAAGCAAAGGAGGGACAAUUUCACGUUUGUUUGGGAAGAAAAAGCAGAAAUAUGAAGAGGACGGAAUUAGCGGAUCGCACUCAAUAGAAGAGCCAGCAAAUGGGCACUCUCCUGCCUCGCAUCGUUCCAAUUUGCUAGAACCAUUGGGUCACUCAAAUCCUCCUGCUGCUUUUCAACGUAUGGGUAGUCAACGAUGGCGCCAAAACUCAUUCAAACAGUUAUCAACGGAUAUGCAAGAAAAAGAUCCAGAUGAAACGUUAAGAGAAAAUAACAAAGCAGAGGUGAAGUCGAUCAUUAAACGCUACGAAUCCUUUGGUUACUUGCGCAAUGAGAUUUAUUAUAAGCCCGCAAGCCCCACCACAGUGACCACGGGUGCGGAGAUUUCAACAUUGUCGACAGCGGAAAGCUUUCAGUCACCACCACAUCCGGCUCGUCCGCCAUCCGUUGCUAGCUCGGGAAUCAGCUCAAAUCACAGAAACCAGACUGUUUCCGAUGAAAUGCAUGAUGCUGCGCAUCGACAAGAUUUACUUGCAAAAAUUGAUAAACUGGAAAUGGAAGUUCGCGUAAAGGAUUCUCGGCUUCGUGAUAUGGAAGAAUAUUUGGAUGAUUUACUCUCUCGUGUUAUGGAGCGUUGUCCCGAGGUUUUGGCCUCUGCGACUGGAAACGGUGCAUUAAAAGGCAUGAAAAACAACCGCCGUUUUUUCUCGACAAUUGGUUUU